AUGAGCCUUGGCAGGACAUACUCGAAGAUGUUGUUUGGCCACCAGGUUGCGGAGCCAGAAGUGGUGCAGAGGCGACAGCAGAUGGCGACAUGUUUCCGCGAGACAGGGGAAGAGUUCUCUUCCCCUGUCUCGCGGAAACAUGUUUUUGACUAUGUGAUCCGCCAGGCCGAUGAGAACCUCUUUCACCCAGAUGGUGACAAGCUCUUCGCUGCCAACCAGGGGUUAGCUGAACAGCUUCGAGAAAUGAUUCAAGUUGAAGGAGUUCCAUUGAAAUUUGGAGUUCAGUUGCUCCUGUCGGGCAAGCAAGCAAUUCUGAGCUGCCAUGAGGAGGAUUUGCAGGAAGUUCUUUCCGAAUUGCCAAGUCGAAUUCAACGUCCAGAAGAUGUGGACAUACUUCUGCAUUCGGACUUGGCGGAUAAGACAGAAGCUGUGCGCAGACAGCCCCACCUUAUGAUUGAUCCACUGCUAGGAGGCAACAUGCCUCCAGUGCAAGUUUUUGAGAUCAAGCCGACGGUGAGUAUGCCACGUCGUUGGCAGCCGUGGAAGUUCAUCUCCGUUGCCAUGGUGAUACCUUUGCUAUUGAUGCACGCAACCCAGGUGCAUCAGCCCACGCUUUCGAAACAAGUGGCUCCGCCAAUGCUCCGUAAGGCCUCCCUCCCGCCAGUUUUGCAUUUCGUGCCCAUGCACGAGGCAAAUUGGCCAAAGUGAAGGGAGAAAAUUUUCUAUAAGGUAUGAUUUGGAAUUCAGUGCUCACAGUGGCGGUCCAUUCUCAUGUUGGGCAGGCCAUGGUGGGUUGAUUCCACCUAACAUGAAGGUGAUGCAAAUCCCUUUCGUUUGCUGGACGUUCCGUCGAAAUGCUCCAGAGGGGACAUUGGUUCAGCACUUGGUACU